AUGGCGUCUUUGCAAUUUGUAGCUCCGUUAAUAAUUUUCUUGUUGGGUUGUUUACUGCAACAAAAACUUAGCAAUGACGAAGUAAAUAGCCACUCUUAUAUCAAGGGAAUCUAUGGCUUUCAAUUUGGCUUUCGUCUGGCCCAAGAGAGAAGAUUAUCUGGUCAUGAAGCGCUGAACAAAUUUUGUCGAACGACUAUAGUUGGUAAAAAUAAAUAUCAUUUUCUUUACCUACUCUUGUUACUUGGAGGGGAUAUUGAGCAGAACCCUGGUGAAGACUGCAAACGGCCGUGUGGAAUAUGUUCAGACCCUAUAAUGGUGGACCAGUUGGGGAUGAAUUGUGAUGAAUGUGAUACUUGGAUUCAUUUGGCCUGCUGUGAGUUUGAUGACGAUACGCAUGAUAUAUUAUCCGGCUCAUCGCUUACAUGGCUGUGUCCUGCUUGUGGUUUUUCGAACUUUUCAAAAUCGCUUUUAAAUGAAUCAAUUGAAUCUCUAGCUUCUCCCAAUGCAUUUGCUCCUCUUGAAGAAACCUCAGUGGAACCCCAAGAUAUCCCUGAGACCAAAGCGAAAUUUCAAAAGCACCUUAAAAAGCCUCGAGCGAACAAAUGCAAAUUAACUUGUUUACUAGUGAAUUGUCAAAGCGUAAGGAAUAAAGUUGCUGAAUUUGAGGCCAUUAUUGAUAAACACGAACCAGAUAUAAUUAUUGGUAAUGAAUCUUGGCUUCACUCCGGAAUAGCUAGCAAUGAAAUAUUCCCAGAUAAUUAUAAUAUAUUUAGGAAAGAUAGAACUACCGACCGCCACGGGGGCGUUUUUCAGGCCGUAAAGAAAGAUAUCUUAGUUACUGAUCGCUCGGAGUUUGAUACAGAUUGUGAAAUCGUAUGGACACAAUGUCAAAUUAAAAGCCGGAAAUCAAAGUCUAUUUUCUUUGCUUCAUAUUAUCGGCCGAAUAUGACAGAUAUGGUUAGCCUUGAUGAACUGAAUAAUUCGCUUUUCAAACUAUCCGAUAAACUGAACAAUCACCAUGUGAUAUUGGCUGGAGAUUUCAAUGCACCUAAUAUCGAUUGGAAAGAUUAUGCUCCAGUAAAGGCUUCUGUUCAUUCUGAUAGAUUGCUCGAAAUUAUAAACGAACAUGGACUUAACCAAAUGGUUAAAGAGCCAACAAGGAGUCAGGGAGAAACACACAAUAUACUAGACAUGAUCUUUACGAAUAACGAAAACAUUAUCAACAACGUCAAAGUACUCCCGGGAAUUAGCGACCAUGAUAUUGUUUAUUUCCAGGUUAAUUUAAACUGUAAAAAGAAAAGGCAUGUGAAGCGAAAAAUAUUCAUCCGGAAGCGGGCAGACAAAGAGCUAAUACAGCAAAAGCUACGUGAGUUGGCUAAUAACUUUGAGUGUUCAGUGAAGCAGGAGUCCCUUGAUACUAAGUGGGAUGCGUUUCAACAAG